AUGGUUGGAAAUAGAGACAUCUCUGAUCAUUUCCUAAUUACGCUUAACUUAGGCAAAGUGGAUUGGGGUCUGAAACCAUUCAGGUUCAACAACAUUUGCUUCAAACAUGAUAGCUUUAUCCCUUUCAUUCAUGAGGAGUGGUCAAAGAUAUCUUUGGUGGGAAGAGGAGAUUUUGUUUUGUACGAGAAGCUUAAAAGACUUAAACCCUGUUUAAAAGAUUGGAAUCGUGAUGUUUUUGGGUGGAUUGAUCUAAGGGUGAGUGACAAGGUGAAGGAGCUGAAUGAUUUAGAUGGUCUAAUGGUGGAUAAUUUUGUUGAGAACAAUGGGGAGAUAGUAAAAGAUAGAGGUAUUAUGGGGGGUGAUAUGUGGGAUGCCUUAAACCUUAAGGAAAGUAUGCUUAGAAUGAAGUUAAGACAAUUAUGGUUGAAGGAGGGUGAUAGGAACAUGAGGUGUUUUCACAAAUCGUUGAAAGAAAGGUAUAGGAGAAAUGUCAUUACAAAUUUGGAAGGGGAGAGUGGUAAGAUUGAGGGGCCGGAGGGUAUAAAGGAGGUCAUGAAGGCUCAUUUCGAAGACUUCUUCAAGGAGAGUGACAGUAGCAGACCGGUUUCUGAGGGUUUAUAG